GGUGCAUUGUUACUUUGAUCUAUAUCCUGGAUACUUCCUUCUAGUGGUACCACCUACCUAUCUCAACUCAUCCGGAGCGACGAGUGCUCUGCUGCAAAUUUGGGAGCCAUAUUGACUGCAUUCUCACUAUACUCUCACCUGACUUCUUUCGUUCCUUGGAUUCACAGCAAACGACACUUUACUAUUACAUAACUUCGCCACACGGGCAAAGGCUCUGCAUUCUUUCGAUGGUUGCCGCGAUCUAGCAUCACGACGCAGGUUGUGUAUCAGUUUCAACGGAUUUCUUCGAGGCAUUGACAAAUGCUGUGAGAGCCAUACGCUGAUCAUUGACGUCGAUUUAUGCUAUGCUCUGGGCUAUAAAACGGGACUGCUGGGCUUGACUCGAUCUCUAUAAUACUCAUUUCUCUCCUGUAUCAUACACCGUUCUCCUAGUUCUCCAUCUCCUCUGUAUAUAUCGUUCUCUAUCGUAUUCUAUAUCCCUCAACACCAUCUAUAAUGCAAUCACGCUCCGGAUAUCUGUACACAAACGGCGUGCGCCAACACAGCCUCGGGUAUCGACCGGAUGUUGCGGCCGCUGUACAAAAUCUUUUAGUUUCCACGAAGCAGAUCCAAGAAUCCUUGCAGCGAUGGGGCGCUCAUCAGGCAUCAGAAGACCAAGUUAGCGACUGUUAUGUCCAAUUCGGUGCACAGUUUAACGCAACUGUAGAAGCGUUCACCUACUAUAACAUAGACACCAGUGACAUCAGCCAAGUCCCAUCUCGUCUACGAAAUGUUCUUGAGGACUGUCUUGGCGAGGAUCCAUCUCCACAAGCACUUGCAGAAUAUAUGCCCGAUGUCCGCCAGCUAUUGUAUGACUUGCUGCAGGGUAUCCGGGCAAAACAGGCGGCGUGGAGAACAGCAUCAGGACGAUCUGGAUCGUCGACCGUAUCGUCGGACAGCUAUUGACCAACCACACUGCUAUUAGCCGCAGUUCCUCCCUCCCUCUCCCGACGCCGUAGAAGUCUUUAUAAAAGUCAAAACUAUCCACCCGCGGCAGUAAGUUGCAGUCGGAUCUAGAUUAUUGCUAUAUCUCAGAACUAGUAAUGGCUUAUUUCAAGUUUAUCCCUUGUUACAAUAAUUAUAGAGGACAGCUUCCAUUUUAUUUUAUAGCACUCGGUAGUACACCCCUCUGGUUUAGGAUGUUUACUUGUUGCCAUGUACACGCACCUUCGUUUUGUAUCUCGCUCCAUUUUGGAUUAUGUAUUGCCAUUGUACUGCUUGCAUGGCGGACGUUAUCAAUAUCAUGCACCAUGAUCACUGUAGAUAAUCAACCAAAAUCACGGCGAUGCCUUCGCGUUCGAUCUUUCCAGAACUUGGGUUACUGGGUACAUCCAGUGAUAUCGUCUGAUGCGAUUAGGAGAUAUAGACCGACGUAUUAGGCGAGACAAGGAUAUAGCACGUCGGCUACGAGCAAGUACACAGCAAUGUCCACAUUUCUUUGCUAUGCUUCGGAUAAUGACCCGCGAGCCUUAACAUUGUUGCCAAAUUGCUGUGUAUUGCUGUACUACCUUGACGAUAGCCUUGAGUUAGGUUAACUGGAUAGGGAACUGUAAUUCGUGCCAUCGGGUGAGGUGGAUCAGUUGGCGAGGAAUCUACCAUCGUUCCCCCUGAGGAACAACGGCUUACUAGUAUUGGCCAAGACCACAAGAUACGUCCAGUCCUGAAAUUUGUACUUGUCACAUCCUGUGUACUUCCAAGACAAAACAGGAAUUGGAGCUAGUAUACAAUCACCUU